CUAUUCUUCGACGGACUCUCUAGUAGGUGUACACCAGCACCAGCGUGAGGACAGUUGUUUACAUUAGGCUGUUUUUAUUUCAGUCUAGUUAAGCUGUAAACCUGUUAUAUUUAAACAUUUUCACAUUGUAUUGAAUAUAGAAGACAUUUAGAAUUAUUUAAGAAACGUAUUAAUAAGGAUUUAUCCCCACUGAAAGCCGGAUGUGAGGCUUGGCAUCCUCUCCAUGAUAUUAAUGGGAUAAUAAAUACUUUUGAGGUAAUUUCUGCCCAAAGUGACCUCCGACUAUGGAAGAGGGUUUAACUGGAAAAGGGCCACAGGGAGAAAACUGCUCAACCCUGGCAGAUUUUCAUUGGAAGCGAAGCGAUAACUCCUUCACCUUUAACUUUCUCUCACAAGCCCCACCCUGCCUGGGAUACAGUCUGGUAGAACCCAAGCAGGCAGAUUGUUCGAAAGCAGGCAGCUCAUUUGCUUUCAACUUUCAGAUCCCUGUACAAACCGCACAGAGUGGUGAGCCAGAAGACGAAGCCAUGCAGACCGAAACAACAGAGACUGGAGAAACCGCCACUGAGCUCAGUGCAGUUGCUUCAAAAAGCAAAGUCAAGAAUAAGAAAAAGAAGCAGCAGCAGCAACAGAAGAAGAAAGGAGGAGGAGGGGAGGAGGUGGUGGUGGACAAGCAGCAGAAAAAGAUUAAUAAAGUAACUGAAGAAGCUCCAAAACAGGAGAAUGUAGAAAUGUCUCCAGAUGAGCAGCUAAAUAGAGAACUGGACUGGUGCAUCGAACAGCUAGAGCUGGGUCUACGAACUCAAAAAUCGUCUGCCAAGCAGAAAGAGGAAGCCAGUCGUGCUCUAAAGACCCUGCGCAGCUCCAAAGCUCCUCUGGUGAAAAAGAGGCAGGUAAUGAGAGCUGUGUCUGGAGAUUACAGGAAAAAGAUGGAAGAGGAGAAAAAUAAACAGUUCAAACUCAUUCAGUCAGCUAUGACCACAGCAAGGGUUAGCGCUGUGUCAGAACCUUCCCGCAGACCAGUGUUCCACCGCCGUGCUGAGACAAAGAGAGACACAACGCCCAGCACAGACAAACCCCAGGACACACAUGGACGUUCACAUGCUGUCGAGCAGACUGAUGGACACACGGAGCAGUUUGUUUUCAGACCCUCUCAAGAGGAAUUUUGCUUCAACUUUGACGUGUGAUUGACUUCAGAUAAGCAGCAGUGGAGCUACACUAUUGGGGGAGGAUAUACUGUGCAGUUCUGGGGUAUUAUCACUGUAUACCUGAAUUUUAUUGCAAACUGAACCAAAUACAAGUUGAUCAUGGAUAAGGCUUUUUGACCUUGGUGAAUAAAAAUUCUAAAAAAAGGUUGAUUUUGUAAUUCUCAAUUACAAAAUAAUAUACAGUACAAGUGCAAAGCUUGGACACACCCUUUCUC